CUUUGAUUAUAGCUAUAUCAUACUAAAUCGUUACUAUUAGCUUUCCUCCACUUUAUUUUGAUAUUUAGUUUGAAGUUUCCGUCAUAAGCCGAGUGUAGUUUUAAUUGAGGGUCAAACCGCGGUUAUAAAUACGGGUGGAGCCGCGCGCGCGUGUUAGUGUGGCUGGUCUUGACAUGUCACUUCGUCUGCAGUUGAUCGUUUUCGCGUGUGUGGUGUUGGCGGUGUCAGCUGCGCCUGCGCCUGACAGCGGCGGCCAUGUUCCUCUGCCAGGACCUGGAUUGUCAUACGGAGGAAUACCGUACGGCAGUAUGAGUGGCAACGUCGCAGCGUAUUACAAAAGAGCGCCAUCUAUACCGAUUUACUCGAACCUGCGUCGAGCGCCUGAAGCCGACUAUCCAGGAGUUUUGCAAUACUUAUAAUAGAUGGCGCUUA